UCGACCAUGGCUGGGACAAGGGAGCUCCAGCGCCAGAUCCGCCAGGAAAUGGCGAGCAGGAUGGAGAAGGAGCUCGCAUCGCCUCCAGAGCGCUGGGGGGAUUGGUACUAUUUCGUGCAUAUCCCGCAAGGGAAACAGUUUCCCAUCUACUCGAGACGAAGAGCCCGCCAAGGUGGAAGGCUGAAGGCUUUCUUUACAAGUUUUUUUGACAAGAACAGUGAAGUUAUGAUCGACAUCAAUGAGCUUGCUGCCGAGCACGGCCAUGCGCAGCUUGGAGUUUUUAAACUAUCCAGAGACUACAAACUGUUAGCAUACACGAUCGACUUGGGUGGCAACGAGAUGUUCACAUUGUUUAUCAAAGACUUGGAAACUGAUAGCCUCCUCCUGGAGCACAAAACCGAUGGUGUAGUAAGCGUGGAGUGGUCUGAUACUGGAGAAUAUCUUUACUACACUUGUAGUGAUGUGGCACAUCGACCUCACAGGGUUUUGUUGUGGAACUUGCGAUCUAAAGAUGAUGACAUUGCAAUUUAUCACGACGACAAUCCAAAGAACUUUGUUGAUGUUACAAGAACCAAAAACUGGCAGUACGUUUUGAUUAAUGUCAACUCGAAGACGUCCUCUGAGGUAAUUGGGUUUCACAAAUGUGUUGCUCGAGCCUCUACAGGACAGGUUUUUCUGGUAUAUCCGAAAACUUCAGCCACAACAUUGCGGAAAGUUGCAGAUAGAGUUGAUGGCAUCCAGUAUUUCGUGGAACACCAUGAAGAGCACCUGUAUAUUCUUACCAAUUUUUUGGGCGACAAGAAGCUAGCGUCGCUAGGAAACAACUAUCGGCUUGUCCGCUGCAAGACAGAUAGCUUGACCUCGAAGGCGUGGGAGUCGAGAGCGAAAAUUGGAUAGAGGAUAUGGAUAUUUUUGCGAAGCAUUUGAUCUUAUACAGACGACAAAAUGGUCUUCCCAUUGUGCAUGAUUUCAAC